UGUGUGUGGUGGGUAAGGGUGUGUGUUGAGUAGGGGUGUGUUAGAUACUGUUUCAGACUGAGCUGUCGGCCGCAGAAUUCUCAUACUAUGGCCAGACCUCAUAAAAGACCAGAUGGAGCCUUCAUGGAUAAACCCAUAAUAAAAUAGAUGUCCUCGUGACAUCUGCAAUCUGUACGUCACUUCCCCGGAAAAAUGUAAUGCAAGAAUGAGAUUAAAAUCAGGAACAACAAGGAGAUAGGAAGGAGUCGUUCUCAAAUCUCCACGGAACUUGAAAACCAGUGCCGGUCGCAUUCAAAUCCGACCAGAAGUGGACUAGUGGUCCGGACCUGUUUCGAGCAGUAGCCAUCUUUUUGGAGAAUGGACGGAUCGAUACGUCGUCCGGCCUGCAUCCUGAGCCUGACUAGCGGGCUGGUGGAGGUCGGUGGCCGGGCCUCGAUGCUCCAAACACUGCUCAUUUUCUCCGCUUUCGGGCUGCUCCUUGGACUGCCGACUAUCACCGAGGCGAAAGAAUGCGACAAACCGUGUAUGAACGGGCAAUGCAACACGUCUACGGGCCACUGUGUGUGCAGCCCCGGCUGGGUCGGGGACCAAUGCCAACACUGCGGAGGAAGGUUCAGGCUGACGGGUCCCUCAGGGUUCCUGACAGACGGACCAGGGAACUACAAGUACAAGACCAAAUGCACCUGGCUCAUUGAGGGAACGCCCAACAGCAUCCUCAGACUGAGGUUGGACCACUUUGCUACAGAGUGUAGCUGGGACCACCUGUAUGUGUACGAUGGUGACUCUAUCUACACUCCUCUACUGGCUGCCUUCAGUGGGUUGAUAGUUCCUGAGCGCUACGGCAACGAGACGGUUCCGGAGGUGGUGUCACAGUCUGGUUACGCCCUCCUCCACUUCUUCAGCGACGCUGCUUAUAACCUGACCGGCUUCAACAUCUCAUAUAGGGUGAACACGUGCCCUAACAACUGUUCAGGCCGAGGGGAGUGUCGCGUUGGGAACUUAACAGGUGCUGUUUAUUGUGACUGUGAAUCCAAUUGGAAGGGCGAGGCCUGUGAUGUCCCUUACUGCCUGUCAGACUGUGGUUGGCCUGACAGGGGACACUGCCUUCAGGACACAAAGACAUGUCGAUGCCAACCUGGGUGGCAAGGUCCAGGCUGCUCUGUGUCCGUCCCAGCCAACUCCUCGUUCUGGCAGCGGGAGGAGUACCCCGAGCCAGGUCUGGCCAGGGCUUCCCACAAGGCUGUAGUGGACCAGGGGAUCAUGUGGGUCAUCGGGGGUUACGUCUUCAACUCCUCAGACUACCAGAUGAUUACAGCGUAUAACCUCAGCUCCCAUCGCUGGCUGUCUCUCAACCGCUCUGUCAACUCAGUCAUGGGACGAUAUGGACACUCUCUGGCACUACAUGAGGGAAAGAUCUACAUGUACGGUGGGAAGAUAGACUCUACUGGCAACGUGACCAGCCAGCUGUGGGUGUUCCACAUCCAGAACCAGACCUGGGUGUCCCUCUCCGCUGGAGCCCAGGAACAGUGGGCCGUGGUGGGACACUCUGCUCAUGUAGUGCCCCCCCUGCUGGAGGGAGGCAGUCCGGUCAUGCUGGUCCUCUUCGGACACUGCCCUCUAUAUGGAUACAUCAGCCAGGUGCAGCAGUACGACAUCGCUAGGAACACGUGGAGUGCAGUGGUUACGGAUGGAGCCCUGGUACAGGGAGGGUACGGCCACAGCAGUGUGUUUGACCCCUCCUCUCGAGCCAUCUACAUCCACGGAGGGUACAAGGCCUUCAGUGCUAACAAGUACGGACUGUCCGGAGACCUGUACAAGUACGACGUGGACCGCAGCCGAUGGACGGUUCUAAAGGACAGUGGGUUCUUCCGGUACCUCCACACGGCGGUCAUCGUUAGCGGAACCAUGCUGGUGUUUGGAGGGAACACGCACAACGACACGUCCAUGAGCCACGGAGCCAAGUGCUUCUCCUCUGACUUCAUGGCCUAUGACCUGGCAUGUGAUGAGUGGUCAGUGCUGUCCAGACCAGACCUCCACCAUGAUGUCAACCGGUUCGGACACACGGCCGUCUACAGUGACAGUGUGAUGUAUGUGUUUGGGGGGUUCAACAGUCUGUUGUUGAGUGAUGUCCUGAUCUACACGCCAGCCAGCUGCUCCAGCGCUCCCAGCGCUGCCGCCUGUAUAGCGGCCUGGCCGGGGGUUCACUGCGUUUGGAAUGCUAACCUGGGCUCCUGCCUGCCCUGGGACUCGAACCCUGGACCCCUGGAGGAGCACCUGGCCUCCUGUGGAACCAGAACAUAUGUUGACAACGAUCGUUGUGACCAGUACACGGACUGCUACAGCUGCACAUCCAAUACCAACGGCUGCCAGUGGUGUGCUGUUCAGUGUCUCUCCGUGACCUCAAACUGUACAGCUGUCACGGGGGCCAUCAUGGAGUAUGAUGUCUGUCCUAAAGACAACCCAUCAUAUGUCUGCAACAAGAAGACCAGCUGUAAGAGCUGUGGGGUGGACCAGAACUGCCAGUGGGAACCUCGGAACCAGGAGUGCAUCGCUCUACCAGUACAAGGCCUUGGUGACCCGUGGGUGGGGCUGAGGAAGAUCAACGUCUCCUAUUGGUGCUGGGAAGACAUGUCACCCUUCACUAACACCUCCCUCCAGUGGUUGCCGGGGGAACCCAGCGACGCCGGUUUCUGUGGUUACCUAGCAGAACCGGCAUCCAGCGGCCUUAAGGCCCAGACCUGCAUUAACCCUGUAAACGGGAGUCUGUGUGAACGAGCAGCCAAUCACAGUGCCAAGCAGUGUCGGACGGCGUGCUCCAUGCGGGCUACGUGUACUGAGUGUACCAGCAGCAGCUCUGAGUGUAUGUGGUGCAGCAACAUGAAGCAGUGUGUGGACUCGAAUGCAUACGUGGCCUCCUUCCCCUUCGGACAGUGUAUGGAGUGGUACACUAUGAACAGCUGUCCACCUGAGAACUGUUCUGGGUACAGGACGUGUGGCCAGUGUCUGGAGCAGCCUGGCUGUGGCUGGUGUACAGACCCCAGUAAUACUGGGCGUGGCCAGUGCAUUGAGGGAUCCUAUCGUGGGCCGUUCCAGACCGUAGUCCCCGCCCCCUCCACCCUGCCUGGCCCCACCUCUAGUCCUGCCUCCCAGCCGGCUCUCAACAUCAGCAUGUGUCCUUACGACACCGAGUACAACUGGAGCUUUAUACGCUGUCCAGCGUGCCAGUGUAACGGCCACAGUCAGUGUGUGAACCACAGUGUUUGUGAGAAGUGUGAGGACCUGACAACAGGGCUCCACUGUGAGAGCUGCAUCUCUGGUUACUAUGGAGACCCCACCAAUGGGGGCAGCUGCCAACCGUGCCAGUGUAAUGGCCAUGCCGGUAUAUGUAACACUAACAACGGGAAGUGUUUCUGCACCACCAAGGGCAUCAAAGGAGACCGCUGUCACCUGUGUGAGGUGGAGAACCGUUACCAAGGAAACCCUCUGAAAGGAACGUGUUACUACACCCUGCUGAUAGACUACCAGUUCACCUUCAGUCUGUCUCAGGAGGACGACAGAUACUACACCUCCAUCAACUUUGUAGCCACGCCAGAGGAGCAGAAUCGUGAUCUGGAUGUUUCCAUUAACGCCUCCAAGAACUUCAACCUCAAUAUCACCUGGGCUGCCAGCUUCACAGCAGGUACUCAGACAGGUGAGGAGAUCCCCAUCAUAUCCAGGAGUAACAUCAAGGAGUUUAAAGACAGUUUCUCCAACGAGAACUUUGACUUCCUCCUCAACCCAAACAUCACCUUCUUCGUCUAUGUCAGCAACUUCACCUGGCCCAUCAAGAUACAAAUUGCAAUGGCCACAGUGCGAGGUGUUCUACAUUGGACGGACCAAGAGACGCCUUGAACACAAGUACGCCAUACGGGUAGGCAAUGAAGACUUCCCCAUGGCAAGACACUACAAGUCCUUACACCAUGGCAACCCUGCCUCCCUACAAGCUAUGGGUAUUGAUCAUAUCCCGGCCUCUAUUAGAAAAGGGGACCGUCUUAAACAGUUAAACUAAAGUGUAAGUUCUUGGUCCAUUUGCUGUCAUCUAGUGGACAUUUUGCUCUAUUGCCCUCAGCUAUGUUUAGACUGUUGUUGUUCAUGUUUUGCUGUGUUCUAGUGUACUAUGGAAUAUAUUGCUUUCUUAUUGCUUGACACUUCUCCCAGCCAUAUUUAAGGUUAGAAACUACCUUUCUAAGUGUUCUGAUACUUCUAGCUUGGAGUUGUAUUUUUAUGAUAAAAUAUUAAAAAGUGAAAUAGCUGUGUGUAGUAUUGCUUACUAG